AUUGGUUAAUCGACUACACAAUUACAUCCCUAUUACAAACUCCUUACUUGCUGCCUCAUUGAAAUGAGAGGCUGGCUAGCUUGUCUCAUUCUUCUUGGCUCUCCGCCACUUAGGCUCUGGUUCUGCUCCUAAGAUGAGGAAAGAACUCUGCUUUGGGAGUUUGUCCUGAUUGGGACACAUGUAUGCUUUUAGGAUGUAUUAGCUAUGACAUUUUAAAACUGCACAAGUAGAAUUGCACAUUAACACAUCUUUAUCUUAGUGUGGUUCACCCGGCUCCUCCCAUCCUGGAUUGCAUUCUGGUUCUAUACUGAUGAGACUAUAAUCUACCAUUCCCUCCUUCCCUUAUCACAUCCAUCCUGUUUCUGCUGUUGAUUGAGCUGCUGGAGAGAAGGGAGAAAAAAUCAUAUGCCAGAAAAGGUGUUUUUUUUUUUAAAUUAAAUAAAAGGAGAUUUAAUGUGUGCAGCUCAGCCCCAUUAACCCAUUUAUUAUCAGUCAUCCCUAUUCUCACUUUAGUUCCAAGGCAAAAAGCUACAGCUUGACAUAACUUUUAAAAACCAAACAAAAACAGUUUGACUUCAAAAGGUUAAUGCUUCUACUUGUCCCCAAAGUGGAUAAUGCAAGGUUAAUUGUAUCCAACCUAUUUCCCAUCGCAGUAAGUUUCUUCAAGACAUCCUUUUCUUAGUAAGUUAACGGGCUGUUUUUUUGAAAAUAUCAUUUGUAAAAAAGUUGAUUUUGCUGUCAGUCACUAAAUGGCCUUGCUGGUAGAAAUUACAUUGAUUUUAAGAUGAGUGUUUCAUACAUUUAGACCAAAAACAAACAUUCUAAUAAUAAUAAUAAUAAUAAUAUAUUGUGGUAAACACUAAAUCAAACACACAUGUAUAUCAACUGUCACAGUAACAACUCUGAAAUAUAGCAUUCAUAUUUAAAAUUCCUUUUAUUUGUGUCAGCAUAAUCCUCCAUUGAACAAUAUAUUUGAAUUUGUUUAAUGAGAAUUUUAAAAUAAAUUACAUGACAUGUAAUGACACUGAAUGUGGUGUGGAUGCCAUGUAGUCCUGUAAUGAUUCACAUAGACUUUGGGGGAAAUCAAAAUUGCUUUGUCUUCAGCAAGCUGUUAACCAAUUAAUUGUGUAAUAAUAGUGUGAACUGAGAGUAGCUUGUUGUUCAGUCUCUUCUUGCUAGUUUAUAUUGCACUUUACUGGUUGGUAUAGGUAUAGUACUGCUAUGAUAGCAAUACAUUAUUCUGACAAAGAACUCAUAAUUUGGAUGCAGACCAUACUGGCAAAGAUGACUCUAUAUCAGCAUUGUUUUUUUCUACCUCCUACCAUUACCAGAGCAAAACAAACUCUGCUUCUAAAAGUAGUUUUUCAAUAUAACUGCAUUUGCACUACACAGUUUUGCUGGCAUUGCUAUCUUGGUCAUACAUCACAUAACAUUACAGCCUGUUUAACAUAGUAGGUUGGCAGAAGCUGAGUGUAGAUCUGGCCUUAUUUGGAUAUAGCAUGCUAAAAUGGUGACUGCCAGAGGGAUAUAUAAACUAGCAUCCUCUGUUUUAUUUAUUUCUGUUUCUACAUUCUGAAGAAAAAUUGAAAACAAAAACUGACAUUAAGAGAAUUUGAUCGAACUGAUGGCAUUUGAUCUGUGGGAGUCUGUUAAUCUGACAUUAAUUCUUUUUUGUUUGCAUUUAUUUUAUUUUGAAAAGCUUUUUUGUUAAGCUCUGCUGAAGGGAUAAAUGGAACAAUUAACUGGAAGACUAAGCAACCCAACAGUUAUAUUAUCAGCAGAAUAAGGGCUGCUGAAAAAAAUGGUGAGAUAAGUAAUGAUCCUAUAACAUUUAACACCAACUUAAUGGGUUAUCCUGACAGACCUGGAUGGCUCCGUUACAUUCAGAGGACACCUUAUAGUGAUGGGGUGCUGUAUGGAUCACCAACUAUAGAAAAUGUGGGCAAACCCACCGUCAUUGAGAUCACUGCUUACAACAGGCGCACCUUUGAAACUGCAAGACAUAACUUGAUCAUUAAUAUAAUGUCAGCAGAAGAUUUUCUUUUACCAUAUCAAGCGGAGUUCUUCAUAAAGAACAUGAAUGUAGAAGAAAUGUUAGCAAGUGAGGUUCUUGGAGAUUUUCUUGGAGCAGUGAAAAAUGUGUGGCAACCAGAGCGUUUGAAUGCUAUAAACAUCACCUCAGCUCUAGACAGGGGAGGCAGAGUUCCACUUCCUAUUAAUGAUAUGAAAGAGGGUGUGUAUGUUAUGGUUGGUGCAGAUGUUCCAUUCUCUUCAUGCUUACGAGAAGUGGAAAACCCACAAAAUCAGCUGAGAUGCAGCCAAGAAAUGGAACCUGUAAUAACUUGUGAUAAAAAAUUUCGUACUCAGUUCAAUAUUGACUGGUGUAAAAUCUCUUUGGUUGAUAAAACGAAACAAGUUUCCACCUAUCAGGAAGUGAUCCGUGGAGAGGGAAUAUUACCUGAUGGUGGAGAAUAUAAACCACCGUCUGAUACACUGAAAAGCAGAGACUAUUACUCGGAUUUCCUAAUUACACUGGCAGUGCCCUCGGCAGUAGCACUGGUGCUUUUUCUAAUACUUGCUUAUAUCAUGUGCUGCCGACGGGAAGGAGUCAUCCAGUUGGUCCACCACAGUGCUAUACAGAAAUCCACCAAAGAGCUUCGUGAGAUGUCCAAAAAUAGAGAGAUAGGAUGGCCUCUUUCAACACUUCCUGUGUUUCACCCAGUUACUGGUGAGAUUGUACCACCUCUUCACACAGACAGCUAUGACAAUACUAGCAUGCCACUAAUGCAAACCCAGCAGAAUCUGCCACUUCAAACUCAGAUUCCACAGCAACAGACCGCAGGAGAAUUUCGUAUGACAACAUUUCAAAGAUUUGAGGUAAAUGGUAUCCCUGAAGAAAGAAAACUGACAGAAGCAAUGAAUUUAUAAUCAGAUAAUGCAGUAAUCAUGUCUUAUUUCUUUAUUUGUGCAAAUAAUGCAUGCGCUUUUCUGGUUUACAGUGUGCAUGCCCACAGUAUUAAGUACUUUGGUGCCAGAUCGUACAAUCAUUUCCAUUUAUCUAGUAUAUCAUAUCCUUUUUGUACUUUGGACAUUUUUGACAAUUUGUAAAACACUGAACUUUUUAUAUUUGUUACAUUAAGAAAAUUAUCUUUAAAAUAUAUGCAUUAAUAAAUAUUAAACUUUCUUCUUACUGUC